AUGCCUCUUCUUCUAAGGCUGCUAGCUGCAGCAGCCACUCUUUGCGCAACCAUCAUCGUGGCCACGAGCCAUGACUCCACCAUGGUGUUUGGUCUAACCUUGGAAGCCAAGUUCCAGCACACUCCUGCCCUCAACUUGGUUUCAGCUUGUGUACCUUCAACGAGCUUGCUGUCAAGGUUGGUCAUUGUGCCUGAUGUUAUUUUGGCGAUGCUGCUGACGGCUAGCUGCCGUUGCAGCAGCAGGAGCCAUGGCACAGCUAGGGAAGGAAGGCAACAAUUAUGUAGGGUGGCUGCCUAUAUGUGA